UCGCGCAGCCGGACGCUGGAGCAUCUGAGUGAUGGAGCGUGUCUGAGGACCAGGGGCCCUGUCUCGGACCACAACGCACCCCUGGAGGGUGAUCCCUGUAGAGGAAAGGAGGGGGGCCCAGGGGGACGAGGGGAGUGCGACCGAGCAGGAAGGGGACGCAGACGAGUAGUAGUGACACUUCUGAGAACUGGCCCCGAGUGAGCGGGGUGCACGCCUGCGAGGACUGAGUCCCUGCCGUCUGUGGGGAGGACACCCAGACAUGGAAGUAUUUCUAGGAAACGGGGGCCACCCCUGGGGGAGGCGACUCACAGGAGCUACGCCUGGGGAAGGGCUAGCAGCUGCAGGUGCAUGAAGACUGUGCCUGGGGGUGAGGGGUACCCGGCGGGAUGUGGGGGCACAUCUGGGGAUGGAGCAUCUUUGAGGGGUGUGUCACCGCUGUGCAGCCCAGUGCAGACACGCGGAGGGGAGAGGUCCUUACGCAUGGGGGCUCCAGAGGUCACUGCCACCUGCGGGAGACACAUCUGGAGGCGGGGAGGAGGUCUUCGCUGCAAGUUGGGAACCUAUUUGAGGAAGUCUCCAGGAGUCAUGUUUUGGGAGAGGGACCCCCACUGUACCGAGGGGUCACGUCCACGGAGGAGGGAACCAGAGCUGGCGUGAGGGGCCAGGAUGGCAGGCUCCCGCCGUCCAUCCGUGGGUGCCCAGGAUGGAGCCCCCGCGGGGCACGGCGGUGGGGCAGCAGGAGCAGGAGGAGCAGGAGCUGCUGGCACGGGCCUUCUUCUCCUGGGCCGAGUUCAGCCGUUUCUUCGAUGCGUGGUGCCAGCAGCGGCGGGCGCUGUUCUUCGUCCAGAGCUCCAUGCACCUGACGCGCUGCCACUGGGCCCGGCUGCCCCCGCUGCACACGCUCAUCGACGAGCUCAAGUACAGCUACGUGCGGCUGGUGUGCAAGGACGUGCGUGCCCCCAGCCGGCCCGCCAUGGGGCACCACGAGGCGGGCUGCCCCGCCUUCAUCAUCGUCAAGCUGAGCCCGCUGCGGGACCGCCUGGUGGUGACCGAGUGCCAGCUGACCCACUCACAUCCGGCCUGCCCCAUCGAGUUCGCCUACUACUUCCGCCCCGGCCGCCUGCUGGCCAACACCUGCCUGCCGGUGCGCACCACCAACAAGAUCUCCAAGCAGUUCCUGGUGCUGGCCGACGUGCACCGCCUGCUCUCCUACUGCAAGGACCGCGACCACAGCGUCAUCGACGCCCUGUGCGUGCUGCAGGGACUCUUCCACAGGGACCCUGAGGCCAAGGUGAAGCUGGUGUUCAUGGAGAACCAGGCGGUGGUGGAGACCGUGUUCUUCCUGACGUCGCGCACCCGCGCGCUGCUGCGGCGCUUCCCGCGCCUGCUCCUGGUGGACCGGCUGCCGGGCCUGCAGGGCGCGCUGGACCUGCUGGCCGUGCUGUGCGUGGACGGCGCGGGCCGCGCGCGCCAGGCCGCCUGCUGCGUGGCGCGGCCGGGCACGCCGAGCCUGCUGCGCUUCGCGCUGGCCUCGCUGCUGCAGAGCGCGCCCGAGGUGAAGGGCCGCGUGCGCUGCCUGACGGCGGGCCCCGAGGUGGCGGCGCAGCUGCCCGCCGUGCGCCAGCUGCUGCCCGGCGCCCGCGUGCAGAUCUGCCGCGCGCAGGGCCUGGAGGCGCUGUUCAGCCGCGCGCAGGAGCUGGGCGGCGCGGGCCGCGAGGACCCGGGGCUGUGGCCGCGCCUGUGCCGCCUGGUGGGCGCCCCGUCGCCCGCCGCCUACGCCGAGGCGCUGGCCGAGCUGCGCGCCCACGGCCCCGCCGCCUUCGUGGACUACUUCGAGCGCCACUGGGCGUCCCGGCGCGACAUGUGGGUGCGCUUCCGCGCCUUCGAGGCGGCCCGCGCGCUGGACGCGUGCGCCCUGGUGCGGGGCCACCGCCGCCGCCUGCUGCGCCGCCUCAGCCCGUCCCGCAGCCUGGCGCAGUGCCUGCGCGACCUGGUGGCCAUGCAGUGGGCCGAGGCCGCCGGGGAGGCGGCGCUGGACGGCGGCGGGGGGCCGUGGCUGGAGGGCGAGCGGGGCAGGGGGGCCCCGGUGGAGGAUGAGAGAGAGAAGGGCCAGGGCCAGGAGAACGGGGACUGGGGAGGCGCCCCGUUAGAGGAGUGGGCCCGGGAGCUGGAGGCCGGAGACGGGCCUGGGGCGCAGUCGGAACACGAGAAGGAGAGGGGGGUGCAGAUCCGGUACUGGAGAGGGGUGCAGCUGGAGAACCAGAAGGUGAGGGGGCUCGAGGGGAGCGUGUGGAGAAGGUCCCAGCUGGAGAGCGAGCACCGGGGCUGGAGGGGGGCCCAGCUGGAGGGGGAGGGGGACUGGGGGCUGGAAGGUUACGCCUGGAGGGGGGCCGCCGUGGAGGACCAGGGCCUGAGGGGGCUGGAAGGGCACCCCUGGAGGGUGGCGCAGGUGGAGGACCACAGGGUUAGGCCUCUGCAGGCCGCGGACGGGAGGGCCUCGCUGGACUGGGCCAGGGCCAGGGGCCUGGAGGGAGGCGGCUGCAGGGGCGGGCAGGGGCCGGAUGCAAAAGCCUCUGGGCUGAAGCCCGGGGACCAGAGGGGGCUCCCGGGGGAAGCGGAGAAGGGAGGGCGGACGGAGGUCGGGAACUGGAGGGGGGUCCAUUCGGAGAAGCCCCCGGAGCCGGUCCCUGAGGACAGAGACCAAAGGGCGCCCCUUUGGGGACCGGAGAGGAGAGGGCCGGAAAUCAGAGGAGAGAGGGGAGCGUGGUCGGGGGGCAAGAGGAGAAGGGACCAGGAGGACGUAGUUCUGGUCCAGCUGGGGGACACGCGGCCGACAGGCCUGGAGAACGGAGGGGGCCCCAAGAACCCAGGAGGGCCGGGCAGGGAGUGUGUGGAUGCCGGAGGGGGGUGUCCGGGGCUGGGGAACGGGGUCGUGUGCGGCACCCCCACGGGGACCGUGGUGGAGAGUGACCCUGAACGGGCAGGGGACAGACUUCAGGACGGAUGCGAAGGAGAAGGCCCGGGAGAACCAGAGAGACCUCGCUGCCCGUCCGGAGAGCGGGAGGCGGACCGGGAGCCGCUGGCCAAGUUCCGAGCGGCCUGCGGGCCGGAGCUGGCGGACCUGGUGGCCGAGGAGCUGUCCUUCGCCAGGCAGCACGGGGCCCGGGGCUUCCACACGACCGCGGCGGGCUUCGCCCUCAAGGACGGCGCCUCGGACUUCUUCCUGGACGCCGCCCUGACCCGCUGCAGCUGCUCCAUCCACGCCGCCCGGCGCCUGCCCUGCCGCCACCUCUUCGCCGCGCGCCUCCUCACCGGGGCCGCCUUGUUCCACGCGGACCUGCUCAGGGGCUGCUGGGGGAGGGCCCCGGAGUCCUGACCCUCAGCCCCCGCCCGCCGCCCUCCCCGCGAGGGCCGGGGGGCAUUCUCUGAUCCCAAAGAUAACAAGGCCGGCCCGAGGAGGCCGCCCCGCCCCGCCGACCACCUCCUGGGUCCGCCAGGGACCUCCCCUUGGCGGGUUGCCUCUCUGGGUCGGAGGGGAAGUGGUCAGGGGUCUCCAGGGUCCUGGAGCCACAGGCGUGGAAGGUGGCGGCCAGCGUGGAUGCUGAGGGCUUCCUCAGACGGUGAGGCAUCGACAGGGUCAGGCCGGGGCAGAAGGAAGGAAGGACCACAGAGGAGGGGACACCUGGCUCUGGGGCCACGUCCGCGGAGCGCAGGGGGAGGAGGGGCAACGCAAGGAAGGAGGACCGAUGGAGGAGAGGUCAGGGGAGAAGAGACAAGAAGAUGUGCUGCUUGUUCUUGUGAGUUCCACUUGGUUUGGCAGCACUGGCUGCCCCUCCCACAGCCCACUAGCUACCCAGAUAGGAUCUAGGGAGCAGCCACAAGGUCAAGCUCAGUGAUGCGUAGAGGACUGUGCCCUCCAAGCUGGGACUUGUUUGCGGCUUUGCCAGCAGGUCAGUCCGAGGCUUAACCCUAUAACCGCUCCCUACAAAGACAGAAAUGGGGGAGAGCGUGCAAGAGGAGGCGGGAUGGAGAGGAAACAGGAAGAAGCAGAGGGAGGCAGGAGGAGGGCCCGGGAGAAGGUGGAGAGGGAAGAACAUACAUACGGGGACCCAACAAAGGAAAAGGGGGGGAGAGGGGGAGAGAAGACAGGAAGGAGUGAUUUGGGUUCUCUCCCCAAGGACUGGAGGCUUGGGUCCCGUCCCCUGCUGGCCGGUCAUUCCCAGAAGUCAGAGCAGGAGGGAGCCCGGAGAGGGUUGGGGGAUGGUCGGGGGCCUCCCGUGGCAGAGGGGAGCAGUCGGGCUGUUGUGCUUUAAGAUCGGAAUAAAACAGCACUAUUUUGG